CUCUGCAGUGAGGGCUACUGGGAAUAAAUCACAGAAACUACAACAGCAGCAAAUUAUAUUUACAAAAUAUUCAUUUAUAGUAAAUAAUGAUGGUCAAAUAGAGAAAAAAAAAAGAUUUGUAUACUGCAAAUCAGUGGAGCUCCAUCUGCAUGCUACUGCCUGCUGAAAGAGAAAGGUUACAUCCACUUCCUGCCCAGCACUGCCUUAGAAACCCUCCAGGGCAGAAGUUGUGGCUAAUAUAAACCGAGCUCUGUUGAAUAGCAAAGUUCCACCUGCUGGUUGUGGUCAGGAGACAACAAAACACCACUUAAGAAGCAAACUAAUAGAGUGGGCUCUCGUGAUGGUUGAGGCAGCUGCUACAUCCAUUCCAAUCCACAGGAAUUUGGGGCCAAGCAACUUCCAAUAAGCUUUCUUCUGCUCUCCUGUUGAUGUGCUGUGAGGCUUCAUGUGCUGAUAGCCUGUAAACCCAGGAUCCACUAGGAAUUCUUAACACUUUGAGACACAACAAUGGUGGCACAUAUGGUAUUCAAGUGGAUUCUAAAAGGACUCAUUCUAUCUUUUCUGCUCAAGACUACUCUGGCCCUAAACCCAGAUGAUCCAAAUGUUUGCAGCCAUUGGGAAAGCUAUGCUGUGACUGUACAGGAAUCCUAUGCUCAUCCUUUUGAUCAGAUCUAUUACACAAGAUGUACGGACAUACUGAACUGGUUCAAGUGCACUAGACAUAGAAUAAGUUAUAAAACAGCAUAUCGAAGAGGCCUGAGGACGAUGUAUCGGCGGCGAUCUCAGUGUUGUCCAGGAUACUAUGAAAGCGGAGACUACUGCAUACCACUCUGCACUGAGGAGUGUGUGCAUGGCAGAUGUGUUUCUCCUGACACUUGCCACUGUGAACCAGGGUGGGGAGGUACUGAUUGCUCCAGUGCAAGGGCCAUCUCUGAAGGGCUGGGGGAACACAGCACGGCACUGGCAGAGACUGGUGGGAACAGCAACUACAACAGUUGCGACAGCGAGCACUGGGGACCCCACUGCAGCAACCGCUGCCAGUGCCAGAACGAAGCUCUCUGCAACCCCAUCACGGGUGCCUGCGUCUGCGCCGACGGCUACCAAGGGUGGCGCUGUGAAGAGCUCUGCGACCCGGGGAGCUACGGCAAGGGCUGCCAGCUGGAGUGCCAAUGUCACAACGGCGCUACCUGCGACCAUAAAACCGGAGAAUGUCACUGUGCUCCUGGAUACACCGGGGUGUUUUGUGAAGAGCGCUGUCCCCCAGGCAGUCACGGAGCUCAGUGUGAAUUGCGCUGCCCCUGCCAGAACGGAGGAGUCUGCCACCACAUCACUGGAGAGUGCUCCUGUCCUCCCGGAUGGAUGGGGCUGGUGUGUGCACAGCCAUGUCCUCCUGGAACGUUUGGAAUUAACUGCAGCCAGGACUGUCCGUGCCACAAUGGAGGACACUGUGAUCCCGUGACAGGAAAAUGCAUCUGUGCAGCUGGCUAUGUAGGAGACAGGUGUCAAGAAGAGUGUCCUAUUGGGACAUAUGGCUUCCAGUGCACACAAAGGUGUGACUGCCAAAAUGGUGCAAAGUGUUACCACGUAAACGGAGCGUGUCUGUGUGAUCCUGGAUUUAAAGGGAUUUACUGCCAGGAAAGAAUGUGUCCAGAAGGGUUUUAUGGCCUCAAAUGCAACAAGAGAUGUCCUUGCAAUGCUACUAAUGCUCUCAGUUGCCAUCCAUUGUCUGGAGAAUGUAGCUGCAAAGCUGGCUGGGCUGGACUUUACUGCAAUGAAACCUGUCCCCCUGGAUACUAUGGUGAAGACUGCGAGCUAACCUGCCCUUGCCAGAAUGGUGCAGAUUGUGACAGCAUCACAGGGAAGUGUACAUGUGCUCCAGGAUAUAUGGGAGAUGACUGCACCAUUACCUGCAUGGCAGGAACCUACGGAACCAAUUGCUCAUCGGUCUGUAAUUGCAAAAACGAGGGUGCGUGUUCCCCCGUGGACGGGCUGUGCUAUUGCAGAGAAGGGUGGCAAGGAGUGGACUGCUCCAUUCCAUGUUCAAGUGGAAGCUGGGGUCUGAACUGUAACCAGACGUGUUCAUGCACAAAUGGAGCAGCGUGCAGGCCAGCAGAUGGCUUCUGUCUUUGCUCACCUGGAUGGCAAGGAGAGUACUGUGACCAGCCAUGUCCUGAUGGAACAUAUGGUCUUAAUUGCAGUGAACGUUGUGACUGUAGCCAUGCAGAUGGGUGCGAUCCUGUCACCGGUUACUGCUGCUGUCUGGCAGGCUGGACAGGCAUCCACUGUGACAAUACAUGCACCCAAGGGCGCUGGGGACCAAACUGCUCCAUCUCCUGUAACUGUGAGAACGGGGGAUCCUGCUCCCCAGAGGAUGGUACCUGUGACUGUGCACCAGGAUACAGAGGACCUCUGUGCCAGAGAAUUUGUCCCCCAGGCUUUUAUGGACAUCACUGCAGCCAGCCGUGCCCGCAGUGUGUGCACAGCAAUGGGCCUUGUCACCACGUGUCGGGACACUGCGAUUGCCUGCCUGGAUUCUUUGGCGCGCUCUGCAACCAAGUCUGUCCUAGUGGAAAAUACGGGAAGAACUGUGCCGAGGUCUGUCAGUGCACUGAGAACGGGACUUGCAACCCCAUCGAUGGAUCCUGCCAGUGUUUUCCAGGCUGGAUAGGCACAGACUGCUCUCAGACUUGUCCCACUGGUUUUUGGGGCCCUGAUUGUUUUCAUUCAUGCAACUGCCACAACGGAGCAAUGUGCAGCCCUUACGAUGGAGAAUGUAGAUGUACUCAUGGUUGGACGGGGCUCUACUGCACUCAGCGUUGCCCAGCUGCUUUUUAUGGGAAAAACUGUGCCAAUGUUUGUCAGUGUCAGAACGGAGCAGACUGCGAUCACAUCACCGGCCAGUGCACGUGCAGAACUGGAUUUACAGGCAAACAAUGUGAGCAAAAGUGCUCACCAGGAACAUUUGGUUAUGGUUGCAAACAGCUCUGUGAAUGCAUGAAUAAUGCUACGUGUGACCAUGUCACAGGUACUUGCUACUGCAGUGCCGGCUUCAAAGGAAUCCGAUGCGAUCAAGCGGCUCUUAUGAUGGAAGAAUUAAACCCCUAUACUAAAAUUAGCCCUGCUCUUGGAUCAGAGAGGCACUCAGUGGGAGCAAUCAUUGGAAUUAUUAUUCUCCUUCUAAUUAUUAUGGUCUUGCUGGCACUGUUUGUGUGGUAUCGACGGAAACAGAAGGAGAAAGGCCAUGACAUGCCAAGUGUAUCUUAUACUCCAGCCAUGAGGAUGACUAAUACAGAUUACUCACUUUCUGAUAUCUCUCAAGGUAGCGGCAGUGUACAUUGUUUUUCCAAUCCAAGCUACCACACUCUCCCCUGUGGUGUGACUUCACGCUUCUUUACCAGUAAUCUGGAUGGAAACAGCUCCAGUAAGCUCAGUAACAAAAUCCUUGACAGAGAAACUGCAGACUGGAGACCCUACAGCUAUCUGAAUGAACUAGGUGCUUGUGGGAUGGAUAGACGUCAGAACACAUACAUAAUGGAAAAAAGCUUCAAAGAUUAUAUGAAAGAAUCUGUGUGCAGCUCCAGCACUUGUUCCCUGAACAGCAGUGAAAACCCAUACGCCACCAUUAAAGACCCUCCCAUUCUAACCUGCAAACACUCUGAGAGCAGCUAUGUGGAAAUGAAAUCACCUGGCCACAGAGAGUCCCCCUAUUCAGAAAUGCCAACUUCAUCCACAGCCAACAAAAACAUCUACGAAGUUGAGCCCACUGUCAGCGUGGUCCAAGACGCCCGCGGUCGGAGUGCCAGUUACCUCCAGAAUCCAUACGACCUGCCUAGGAACAGCCACAUUCCUAGUCACUACGACCUCCUCCCCGUACGGCACAGCCCGACGCACGGGCCCUCUUGGGACAAGCAGUCUUAGAGGCACGAACUUCAGCGCUGCUGCAAGCACGGCCUCCGAGGAAGCCACGGCUCUUGGGCGCUGCGGGACGCUGGCGGGGCUUCGGACUCUCUGCCACAAGGACAUAACACACCACAACAUCAGCUUGGGCCAGCUGCUGCUGCAUGAGGUUAUUUAUAGUGACAUUUUUGUAUGCGUAACAGGAACUAACGAGAGCCUCCUCCACCUGUGACUGGAGCAUGUCACCCCCAGGAAGGUGUCUACGUGCUCCAGGCAAGAACUCUCGGUGGUGUGUUCUAACCCUGGCUUUGCUGUAAAAUAAACCACAGAGACAUACUAAGUAGGACCUACAGAAAUGUACAUUUGUACAAACUGCAUCAAGAAACCUUUUACUCUUAGGAACAAGGUGACUAGGAAUGCGCUGGAAUCUACUUUACAUCUUUCUCAUGGAAGUGGACACCUUUCUCUACGAAAGCAGGGAAACUUCUCAUUCCACUGCCUGGAAACCUCAUUUAAUGCCAUCGCCAUCUGCAACCUGUGCAGAUCAUUGCUAAUUAGCACUUGAGAUGUUCAGCUUUAUAUUCAGUACCAGGAUAUCCGAGUAGAGGAGUAGUAACACAGGCACAUUCUGCACAGUUCCAAAUGUAACAUCUUGGCAAACGUCCCCUGGUCUUUGCUAAUGACUUGUGCUUUGACAAUGAGUCUCACACCCAGCUUACUACACUUGUAACAAGCUAUAAAUACUUCGAUUGGCACAGAUAGACUUUCAUUUCUCUUUUACAGCUUCUGUUUUGUUAGAUGAAUCCAGAUUUGUCAGGCAGUAUAAACUGAUGCACCUUCAAUUACUUCCCUGGGACACCGCAGGUUUGCACAGACUAACCUUGGUUCAGGUUCUUUUCACAGGAUGUUAGGGGUUGGAAGGGACCCAAGGAGAUCAUCGAGUCCAACCCCUCUGCCAGAGCAGGACAAUACUAACACAGAUCACAGAGGAACACAUCCAGACAGGCCUUGAAAGUCUCCAGAGAAGGAGACCCCACAACCUCUCCAGUGCUCUGCAACCCUUACAGUAAAGAAGUUGCCCCUUGUGUUGAGGUGGAACCUCUUUUGCUGCAAUUUACACCCAUUGCUCCUUGUCCUAUCACAGGGAGCAAGUUCUUUUCCUAAAACUAAUCAGCUUCUGCAGAUCCUCCUUACAAACCAUCUCAGCCUGACUCACUGCCCUUCAUCACACCAUUUAAUUUGAUGUGCAUUACCAUGUAGUGCAACUUUACUCACUGAUUACCUGAAAAGACAUUAAAUUGAGCUGAAACUGGCUUUUCUUUUCCAGCAGCUGUCUGUGAUUAUCAAGGGGUUGACCCAGGCUAAAGUUUUGGAGUAAGCCACCAUGAUUGUUAUUUUUUUUCAGUAAUCUUUAUUGAUCUAGAAAGUAGAAUACUUGCCAUGAAGCAGUUCCUUGUAGAUUUUGAGCAUGAAAAUAGUACUGAUUCUAAGUAUGUAAUUUUAUUAGGCAAACAUGGAAUUAGCAAGUCGAUUGCCUCUUAAAUAUAGACCACAAAAUUCUGUUGCACAUUUGCCAGUCUGAUGGAAACAGAUGAGAACAAAACCAGCACAGUUCCUUUGCUCAAAACAUGAUCACCUACCUAACCUGCUGGUCUAGGGGACUGAUAAGAGGCACCUUCCAACUCAGAGGCUUGAUCCUGGCUCUGAGUCAGACUUGGAUCACCUGUAGCACUCCAUGUCACCCAAGACAGGCUCAGCCCUUGGGGACUUAAGCCCCUGACAUGGGGGUACUGAGCUGCUGUCAGCCUGUGCAGCACCCCUGGGCUUGUGCCAUGCUGGAAGCCCAAUUAUAUGCUGCUGAAGGAGCCAAGACCCCUCGGGGCAGUUGGGUUGACUCUGAUCCCUGCCCUGCAAACCAGCAGCUUUGCAGCAAGACAGCUGAGCCACCCCCCAGGCUUCCAGUGCAGCAGAUUUUCAUGUUGCAGGAUAAUGCCCAGGUAGUUUGACGGAUUCUGCAUGUGUGCAUGGGGGCAAUGACUCAUCAGCAACAGCAAUUUUCUUUUCCAGGAAUGCCUUAUCUGAGGUGUAAGUAGACCAUUAUUGCAUAGGGCCAGCAGGAAUAUGUUGUACAAACACGAACAGAAAGACUUACCUCAAAGGAAAAAAAAAAGGAAUCGUGAGAAAGGCAAUUGGCUAAGGAAUGCUUUUGUUUGAGACCUACCUUGACACCGAGCACAAGCAGUCUCUCAGCUGCCAGCCUGACCAAUGUUUGUGUUGCUCUAAAGUUUGCAACUAGACUCCAGAGAACAAAGAUGCACCCAAUUAUUGUUUGGUGGUUUGGUUUUUUGGGGGUGGGUGUUUUUUGUUGUUAUUGUUUUGGGGUUUUUUUUUUGUUCAAAGCUGGAUUUUCAAACCAAAUGCAAUGACUGCAUAGAGCUUAACAGGAUAAAAAAAGGUACCUUCUUGUAUAUUGGCAUUAGCUUAGGAAAUAGGCACUGAAAUGGCAAUACUUUUUUAAGGCAAGACAGAUUUGUAAUAUAUUUGUUCACUGUGCAGAAGUACUCUACCUUGUACAAAAUAAACCGAGUUUCUCUCAGUGUGCACUUCUCAAACGUACUCAUUUGCAGACCAGAGCAGUCAGCCUGCGUUCAGGUCCAGCUGAGGAGGCUGAUCAUGAGGGGGCUGCCCCCAGGUCCCCAUCAGCAAAAAGAACCCACAGGCAGCAGGUUUACAAGCCAGCUGUGGCACGAUUCCUCAGAGAAUACAAUGCUCUAAGUCAGACUGAUGUAGAGUUCAUUAGAGCAAGAGCUUUAACCCCAAACUGGCUCUGUAAGGAUCUUCCUCACAAUUCCUCAGCAGUUAACCUUCGAGGGUCUCAGCAGGAGACCCCAGUGAUGCACAAACACAAUCAGACAAGCCCUUGCACACCUGCAAAGCACAGCCUGGGGCAACUGCCAGCACCAGGAUUUUAAUGAGGUGCACUUCAGUGCUUGUGGCGACAGUGCCCUGUGCCCCUAGCAGGUUGUUACGCCUUCAGGUGGGCAUUGAAGGACAGAGGGCAGCAGUUACCCCAGUGUACCCAUCAGUGCCAAGACAGGGCACAGGACAGCUUUCUUGGCAGGCUUGUCAGCACUCCCAGGGAGCCUGAUCAAUAAAUCACGAGCAGAGAUUUGCAGCAGAAACACCUUCAGCGUUAAUGACUCCCAGGCAGUGCAGCAGAUUGCUACACACCAGAGCUUUUUCAAUAUUUGUGCUUCAUAUUUCCUAAAAUCUUGUUAACUAAAGCCCAGCAUGUAAUCCUCUUACUUGACAAGCCACACUCAAUAAGCUAUGUAAGGCUGGAAACUCAUCAGGUUUGAACUGAUAGGAUAAGUAAUUCUAGCUUAAUAAAAAUGGCUUUAAAGCAGAA